CGCCCAUCAUUCACACUGGGUAGCCCUUAUUUGCCAACAACGCCCGCGGGCCCUGAGAGCCCGAAUGCAGCAACCGCCGUUGCACACAUAAGCGCCGUGCAGCCGCUCCCGCCUACGCUACAUGCCUACAACAGCAACCACAACGACACACCGCACCACAGCCAACAUCCGCUGCAGUCGCAGAAACAUUUCCAGCUUUCCGAGAACUCCGCUUUCAAUUUAGCCGCUACAGCCAUCGCUGGUGCCGCAGGAUUUCCGACCAGCGCCGCUGCUUUCUAUCACCGUCUCAACAGCUUUGCCGGCGCAAGUGAGAGCACAAGCGCCUCAUCAACCGACUACUGCCUGCCAACGUACGGCAGUGAACAGCAGUUGCAGCUACCAAUUGCACCAACCAACACAGACAACAUGGAUCUCAUAAACCCCUACAUGCGUCAUCACAGCUUUGCCACAAGCCAGAGCAGUUCACCGUCGGCUAUGGCCAUGGCGUCUAUGGCAAGUCGCAGUCCACCAAACGGCGCUGCUGGCUUGCACCAUCAUCUCCCAAAUGCCGGCGGCUUGACGAAUGGCUUUGCAGAAGCGGCCGCCGCUGCUGCUGCUGCGCAUCACGAUUAUCAGAAUUUGGCCGCUGCGGCAGCGAGUCGCGAUCAUUUGCUUGACUAUCACAAUGCGGCGGCAGCUGCAGCCUAUGCCGCCAACAACAAUAAUCUUUCCAGCCCAUUAAUGCUGUUGAAAGCGCCGUCAAAGCAACUGCACAGCCACGAGGCAGGUGGCACCAAGUCGACGCGUUCGGCUGAGGACUCCUCCACACCGCCGCCUUUGCUAUCGGCGAGCAGCGGUGGUGGCGCCGGUGCAGAUCACUCCUCCAUUGCUUCAUCGUCCCGCCUGCAGUCUGAGUCGCCCGAUAAUUGCGCCAACUCGCUGCAUCAUCGCAAUCGCUACGACAAUAACUCCAGCCCCGGCGUUGAUAGCUCCAAAUCGUAUCCGGUGAGUCAGCGUAGCGGUAGUGGUGGCGAUGAGGCGGGCAAUAAUAGUGAAUCGAGUCCGCCGCCGCCUGACUACAGUCCCGAGAAUCUCUCAGCGAAUCGCGUCAAAUAUGCAUCUGCGUUGCAAUCACAUCACAACAAUAAUAACAACAAUAACAAUAUUAGCGGUAUGCAUUCAUUGGGUGUGCAUCACAAUAACAAUAACAAUAUGCUGGAACAUAAAUUGCCAUUGAGCUUUCUGGGGCCACCGCUGGCGGCUCUACACUCAAUGACUGAAAUGAAGACUGGCGGCGGUGCGUCGGGCAUGUUGAAUGGCUAUGCGAAUAAUCAGCAGACGCACUUGAUUGGUGAUUGUCGCGCUGGUGUGGUGGGCAGCGGUAUAUCCGGCUCGAUAACAACCACAACAACAACACAUACACAAGGUGCGGCAAAUCCGCAUGGCAUCGAUACGAUAUUGUCGAAACCGCCGCCGGUGACAUCGGCGGGUCUAAGUGCUUUAACGGGAGGUGGCAUACCGCGUUUCUCCAUAGCCGCCGCCGCUGCUGGUAUGGCGCAAUACUUGUCGCAAAGUCAAGGUGGUCCCUUGAAGACGCACGCUGGCCAUAUUGUAGAACGAACGCAUCUCUAUUGGCCGGGUCUGCAAGGGUUGGUCGCGAAUCCAAUAGCGUGGCGUGAAAGGCUGUCGAAUACGAUGUCGGCGAGUCUCUCACAGGCGCAUCAACACCAUCAAAGCAACGACAAGGAUGGCAAGAAGAAGCACACCCGCCCAACAUUCAGUGGUCAGCAAAUUUUCGCGCUGGAAAAGACAUUCGAACAGACCAAAUAUCUGGCCGGACCAGAACGGGCGAAACUCGCCUAUGCCUUAGGGAUGACCGAAUCGCAAGUGAAGGUUUGGUUCCAGAAUCGGCGCACCAAAUGGCGCAAGAAACAUGCUGCGGAAAUGGCCACCGCCAAGCGGAAACAGGACAUUAUGGGUGGUGGCGAACCCGAUGGUGACUGCAGCGAAACAAUGGACAGCGACAAUGAGAGCUUGGACAUGGGCGAGAAUCCGGCGCAGAGUAAACGUUGUCGCAUGGGUGAUAAUUACCGUUAAAUACUGAUGCGGCAUGGCAUGCACCACUGAACUCUGAAGGCCACUAAUAUAUAAAUAGUUUAAAUAUAACAAUAUACUAGUUAAUAAAAAACGGUUUAAUUAUUUUCCUAACGUUUACUUACCGGCGCCAAAUGGUGAUAACAGAAAAUCUCUGAGUUUUAAAGCGGUCUUCUGAAGGCUUACUAAGUUAGUCUCCCUUAAAAUAGUUACGAAUUGAAUGCAAACUUUUAAAUUUAAUUUUUUAUUAUAUAAUUAAGUGUAAAUUAGCAGACUUUAAGAAUUUUUUUGGAAAUUGUAAAUAUGUGUGCG